UACUUGUUUUAUUCUCAAGAUUUCGGUGAACGAGGUUUUUGAAAAUCAAUCAAAAGGUGAUUUCGCGUAGAAAUCAAUGAUUUCUUAAGUAAAUAUUUAUUAAAAAAAGAAAUACUUAUGAAAAAGGAUUAAUAUAAUUAAUAAAUGAAGUGCAUUUCGGUGUAUGUUACGAAUUACGAAUAUUAAUAACAUAUGAAACUAAGAUGUGUUGCCAGACUUUAGAAUUCAAUAUAAGUAUCAAAAAGUAAAGGGUCCAUUUUUACUAAAAGGACUUUAAAGCAGCAUAAAUUACCAAAAAAUAGUGUUAAUUUUAAUUUAUUAGUUUUCAGUACAAAUAACAGUAAAAUUUAGGUAAUGUUAUAAAAAAGUGUGAUAUGAACUGCUUAAGUGCAAUCUUAAUGUGAAAAAACUUAUGGUCAUCCCAUUCAAAAAGAAUGAAAGCGCAGAGUAGGAAAUAAUAAUAAAUGAGACAGUGAGAAAGUUAACGCAAAUACAUAUUAUGAGGAAAGUAAACGUAUGAAAGUCAUUGAACCACUCGUCUACUUAGCGCUGUUUGCUUUAUUCUUCGUGGUAUUACAAUAAUUACUGCAAUAUUGUCACAAAACGCUUCUCAGAUUUAACCAUUCGCUGUGUCGCUGCCUGCCGUGCUGAUAAGGCAAUCAGCGCAGCAGCGCUGUUGUCUCACCGUGUCCAUCGGUAAUAACACAUUGAGCAGGAGUUUUGUUUGCUUAGCAGGUAUCUAAAAGCAAUAGUAUCAGCAAACAUACACGUCAAAGUACUAAACAUCUACAUACAUGAUACUUUGGCGGCAGGCAGUCGACGCACACAAGCAACAAAUUAAGCAAUACUAUCACUCAGGCAGAAGCGAAAUUAUAAUUAAAUAUAUUUGUAUGAAAGUAUAACACUUGGUGUACUAGAGGAAAAGGUGGUGCAGCAAUACUGAUUUAAGCAAUUUUAUCUAGUGUUCAUAACCACAAAGGUGUGUGUGUGUCUGUGUUUAUUUGUGGUGUUGCUAGACGCUAGUGCGCAAGCGUACAACGCACAAUAACAUACGACUACGUACAAACUGUUAUCAAUUACGGCGCGCAAUGUCGCACGGCAUAGUGAGCGGGGGAGCAGGAGCAGCAGUCGUCGAUAGCAGUAGUCUUAACGCACAGUCCGCCACCACAGAAUAUCGCGAAGUACAUUGGACAUCGAAUGUCAUGGAUUCUUCACGCGUCUCCACAUGUCUCAUUUCGAUGCUGUUGAUCGUGUAUGGCAGCUUUCGUAGUUUGAAUAUUGAACAGGAAGCACGUGAACGUGAACAAAAGAAACGUAGUGAAUCAAUGAUGAAUUUAUUAACCGGCGAACCAGUGGAACAAGAGACCAGCAAAUUUGCAACUCUCGAUACAAUGCAUGCGUUGUGCUUGCCACUCGGCGCCUCAGUGUCAUUGCUGGUUAUGUUUUUCUUUUUCGAUUCAAUGCAAUUGCUUUUCGCCGUUUGUACAGCAAUAAUUGCUACGGUGGCUUUAGCCUUUCUGCUAUUGCCGAUGUGCCAGUACAUUAUACGACCAUGCACCGAUGGUAAUCGCAUAUCGUUUGGUAUAUGUGGUCGCUUUACCGGCGCUGAAUUAUUCAGUUUUGCACUCUCUGUGUCAAUUGUAUGCAUUUGGGUACUCACCGGACAUUGGCUGUUAAUGGAUGCGAUGGGCAUGGGUCUGUGUGUGGCAUUCAUCGCUUUUGUACGCCUACCUAGCCUUAAGGUGUCUACACUUUUGCUCACUGGACUGCUCAUCUACGAUGUCUUCUGGGUCUUCUUUUCAUCGUAUAUUUUUAGCACGAACGUCAUGGUUAAGGUUGCCACCCGACCAGCUGACAAUCCGGUAGGAAUAGUAGCGCGAAAACUAAACUUGGGCGGUCUUGUGAAGGAACCACCGAAACUUAACUUGCCAGGCAAAUUAGUUUUUCCAAGCAUACACAAUAGCGGGCAUUUUUCGAUGCUGGGUCUAGGUGAUAUUGUAAUGCCGGGUUUGUUGUUAUGUUUUGUAUUGCGUUAUGAUGCAUACAAAAAAUCGCAGGGUAUAACUACGGAUCCCACAUUGCAGCCACCGAAAGGAGUCGGUUCUAGGCUUACCUACUUUCAUUGUUCCUUAUUGGGCUAUUUUCUUGGUCUACUCACCGCUACCGUAAGCUCAGAAGUUUUCAAAGCCGCACAACCGGCAUUAUUAUAUUUGGUGCCGUUCACGUUAUUGCCGUUGUUGACUAUGGCUUAUCUCAAGGGCGACUUGCGACGCAUGUGGAGUGAACCAUUUAUUACACAGCAACCAUCAAAGCAACUGGAAGUCUGAGUGCUUAGCCUCUCAUUUUCCUUCGUAUACGUUUAACGAACUACGUUUAUACAAGGAUUGAAUUAUUUUAGUUUUUGUAUUUUAAUUAUAAUAAUAGACAUAGACAUACAUAGUUGAACUUGGAGCAUGCAUGUGGGUGGGGAUUGUGAAUAACACAUAGUAUGUAUGCUAAAUCAAGCGUUCAAAACAAGGAAGAAUAUUUACUCAUUUUGCGUUUAGUUUUUACUUGAUUAUUAUUUUUUAUUAUACGAAUUUUCAUUGAACUAUGAAAAUUUACAUUUAACUGUAAAGCGCUCAGAUAUCAAAAUGAGAUUCAAAUAGUUACAUAUUUGUACUACAACAACUGCAUUGAUGCAAAACUGUAUUAAAUAGUGAAAAAAGCCAAAAUUUAGCGCACUUCAGAACUACAUAUUACAGUAAUGUCGAUAUAUGAUUGCAUAUUUCCAUAUAACUUUGCUAUAAUAUUUGAAUAAGUAUAUCAUCAGCACAUUAAUAAUGAUACAAAUGUAUAGAAUAUAUACAAACACGAAAGAAAAAACAUGUAUACAAUAAACAGUACUCAUUAAUCUACUCAUUAGGUAUAACGAAUCAAUUUCGUUAAGUUAUCUAGAACUGAAUUUUCUUAAAACUCGCCUUAAGCAAAUUAGUAAACAAUGACGAAUAUGUGAACAAUAAAUUAGAGAGCUAUUGUUUUUAUUUAAUGUCCAAGAUACAAUGUAACACGCUGUAGCAGUUCAUAGCGACAGUAAUAUCCCGUUUACAUUUUCAUUUGAAUGAUUAAAAACAAAAAGUUUUCUCAAAUCUGAUUAACUGUUUGUAAGAAAUUUUUUAAUAAAAAAAUGGUUUGAAAUGAAA